GAAGCGGAGGGGCCGAUUCUCGAAAUUUGAAGAGGGUUUGAUGGAGCGAUGAGGUACGACUGGAAAGAACAUUGAAGUCAACACAAUGUUUGGAGCUUUUAGACCUACGAAUGUUAUGUCUGGUGGUCUUCUUUGGUAUGUUUUGAUCUAUUCAAUGCUGUGACCUUAUUACUGGGUAUGUGCUAAUGUGGCGCGAUUACAGGAAGAUCCCAUGGCGACUCUCCAAAUUUCAAAAGGCACGACAGCGCAAACGUUUAAGGGCUGUCGAUUCGGUGGUCGCUACUGUGGAUAGAGCUUUGGCUGCUAAGGGUAUCACGACGAAGGCCGUGGAGAGGUGGAAGGAGGAGAUGCCUACGGAGCAGGAGAUGUUACCAAAAGAUAAAUACACCAUCUUUGAUCGGAAAGAGAAGAAAUAUAGAAAGGGAAUUCAUAGUAAGUGAACGAUGUGCCAUUGAAGAGAAGAUCAGGUUACUGAUUCUAUUGCAGAGCUACCAAAAUGGACGAGAUUAUCACAACGACUCAAUCCUCCCGGUUAUUGAUAUGGAUAUAUUGGGGUGGGCUCAAUUGAAAGGUUUCUCACCGGAAGUUUUGAUGUACAAUAUGCAUUAAUGGCGUUUGGGACAUUUUUAUACGAAAACAUAUGAGAGGGCAUAAAUUCAAUGCUCUGAAAUGGCUAGAAUCCUAAGAGUUCUCC